AUGACUGUUGCAAGGUUAUUUUAUGAUUCUUGCAUCCCAAUUAAUGUUAUUAAUCCAAUUUAUUUUCAGCCUAUGUUAGAUGCUAUAACUGUAAUUGGUCCUGGAUAUAAACUCCCAACUUAUCAUAGUUUGCGUGUAAAUUUAUUGAGCGAUGCUAAGAAAGAAGUGCAAUUACUUGUUGAUGGUUACAAGAAAACUUGGAAGGAUGUUGGAUGUACUUUAAUGGUUGAUGGUUGGACAGAUAAUUCACAUAGGAUGCUUAUUAAUUUUCUAAUGUACUUUCCUAAAAGAGUGUGUUUUGUGAAAUCAAUGGAUGCUUCAGAUGUUGUAAAGGAUAUUGGAACAUUGUUAAGCUUGUUUGAGGAAAUAGCUUUAUGGGUUCGACCAAACAAUAUUGUCCAUCUUGUCAUUGAUAAUGGAGCAAAUUAUAAAGUUGCUAGAAGAAUGUUGUAUGAAAAAUAUAGCAGUAUUACUUGGUCUCCCUGUGCAGCACAUUGCAUUGAUUUGAUAUUAAAAAACACAGCUGAGAUGAAUCACAUAGUUAACCUUUCGAGACGUUCAUCUGAGGGUUGGACAGAAAUUUUACGCCUAGAUGUAACCCGUUUUGCCGCAACUUUCAUUGCAUUAAGCAGCCUACAUCGACACAAACAUGACUUGCAAUCUAUAGUGAUAGAUAGAGCUUUUGUGGAGUCUCAAUAUGCAAAAUCUAAUAAAGGCAAAGCAUUUAUUUCCAUAGUUCUAGAUAACCGAUCUGGGAUGACAUUGGUGUAA